UCUAUAGUAUUAUAGAUAUUGUUAAACGCGGGUUGCUAUUAUUCUGUAUUUAUAAAUAAUUAAAAGCAUAAAUAAGAAAUAAUAAAGUUUCAAAAAAGCGCGGAAAUAUAAAACAGCGAGAAAUCGUAUACCUAUUAUAUUACCUACUACUGCACAGCUGAUUGGCUUCGCAGUUUUCAGUUGUCUCGUUCCCGUAUCCAGUACCUACCAAUAUGUAUGUUUUAAACAUCAAAAUAUACAUCUUCUCCGACUCCGACAAACCAUGGCGUAUUGCGUACCAUAAUAUUAUAUUAUUUCUCAUUUUAUUGUAUAGGAACUCAUUCGGUAACAGACUUUUAAAAUAAAUUAUCAUAGAGAUCGACACAUAGUGUGAUCGACAUUCAACUGUUCCAACAAUGAGCAUACCGGUAUUUAAACCCGUAACUCACGUCAUUUUUGAUUUGGAAGGAACUCUUAUAGAUACGGAACGAAUUCAUAGAAAAACGUUUACGAGAAUUGCCAAUGAUUGUGGUAAAGUAUUUCCUGAUGAUUUGCGUUUACAAAUUCUCGGAAAACAAGAAAUGGACGUCGCUAAUUUGAUUAUCAACACAUUGCAACUGAAUUUAACUCCCGAAGAAUUAUUACAAAAAGCUCGUAUCGAGGAAGAAAAAUCACUAAAAAAUUUAAAACUCAUGUAUGGAGUCGAAGAUCUUUUGGAGCAUUUCCAUCGGCACAAUAUACCUAUGGCGGUGACAACUAGUAGUUCGGAGGAGAAUUUCCACAUGAAAACAGAUCAUCUGAAGGACAUAUUCUCUGUAUUCCAUCAUGUGGUCACCGGUUCUUCCGACCCGGAAGUAAAAAAUGGCAAGCCAGCACCAGAUAUUUUCAAAAUAUGUGCUGCUAGGUUUCCAGGGAACCCCGUGUACAGCAAGUUCUUGGUGUUCGAUGAAUCGCCGAAUGGAGUGACUGCGGCUUUAGCGGCCGGAAUGCAAGUGGUCAUGGUACCCGAUCCCAUUUUGUCAAUAUGGCAUAACAUGUCGACCGCUAACGCUACGUAUGUGUUAAACUCCCUGGAAGAUUUUCGUCCGGAAAUGUUUUCACUACCUCCAUAUUUUACUGGUUCAUGAUUUUUUUAAGUUUGAGUUUAUAUCUUCGAAAUUAUUACCUUCGUUGAAUGAUUGAAUAUAUGCAUUCAAUUUAUUAUUUACGUACAAAUAAAAAUA